UAUCAAACUACGGUGAAGCAUUGUUAUUCAGUUUGAGAAGUAUAUAUAAAAAGAAAUCGCUCAUCGCCAUUCAGUAGUCACAUACCAAAGCUUCUUCCCCGGAUUCUCUAGGACGUCUCAGAUUUUUUUUCACAGAAUAACUAAGAAGAAUGGUAAAAAUUACGUCCAUAUGUUUUUGCUUCCUUUUGGGAUUGGGAGUAUUGUUUGAUUCCUGGGCUGAAGCCGGCUGCGCCAGACCUUGCCUUUUGAGUUUCUUUCGGUGUGUCAGAAGCGUUGAAGAAGAAUGCUGUAGUGGUUACAGAACUUGCAUGAAAGAUGCCUGUGAUGUCGCAAAUCCAUCAUGCAAUGAUAAUGUCGGUAAACGAAGUGGCUGGUAUAAACGUGGAAGUUGGGACAAACGUGGAAGUUGGAAUAAGAAAAGUGAUGAUCAAACCAAACGCGGCAGCUGGAACAAACGUUCGGAUGAAGAGGACAGCAAACGAGGCAGCUGGAACAAACGACAAGAAACGGAAGACUUCUCUGAAGCAAUGCUUAAGAAAGUCCUUAAUGAAAACUAUGGAGUCCACUUGUAAACAAAUUAUACUAAUAAUACAUAUAUAUAGAAACAUGUAUAUUAUGAUAAAAUGUGAACUAAACUUUUCCUCUGGGAUAUUAACUGCAUACAAAUGGAAAGGAUUAUUACACGCCGGUUAGAACGAAUGCCAAGACAUUUCUUCUGUAAGAUUCUUCGCAGCUAACAGUAUGGAAUUUAAAGGCUCUUCAAACCAACCUGCAUUUUAAACAUUUCAUGCUUUUUUUUUUUAAUAAAUUCAUUUUCCUGAAA